GCACAAUUAACACUCUGGUUUAGUGAUACUCAUGAACAGCUGGAACCACUUCUGUCGUCUACCCUCUGGAGACCCAGUCUGGUGGCAAUAUUAGUUUUCAUCUUACCAGUAAUAUUAAUAAAUAUUAAUAUACACUCACUUCUCCAAAAAGAAGAGUGCUGCAGCAGAUCAGAGGCCUGUACUACAAGAUCAUGACUGACUUUGACAUGGUGCUGAAGUGCUGGGGUCCAGUGGAGGCAGACUACACUGCACAUGGGGGCCUGGUACUGACCCGUUUGUUCACAGAGCACCCGGACACCCUGAAGCUGUUCCCAAAGUUUGCCGGCAUCGCCCAGGGUGACCUGGCUGCUAACCCGGCUAUUUCUGCCCACGGUGCCACUGUGCUGAAGAAAUUGGGUGAGCUGCUGAAGGCCAAAGGCUCCCACGCUGCAAUCCUCAAACCUCUGUCCAAAAGCCACGCCACUAAGCACAAGAUCGCCAUUAAUAACUUCAAGCUGAUUACAGAGGUCAUUGUUAAAGUCAUGGAAGAGAAGGCCGGACUCGAUGCCGCCGGACAGCAAGCCCUGAGGAACGUGAUGGCUGCCGUUAUCGCUGACAUUGAGGCGGACUACAAAGAGCUGGGCUUCACCGGCUGAUAUCACACAAAGUCAUGCCAACGUCAGAUGAAAGACGAGAAAAUGGCCUCAGAUAUUACUGUAGAGUUCAUAGGAAACAUAAUGUAUGUUUUAUUGCAGCCUGAUUGUGUUAGAUUGUGUUUGAUGGUGCUGUUGUGUCCACCUCUAUAGCUGCUCAGUAAUAAACAUUUUUUUGUUUCAGUUAAAUGAGA